GGUGUUUUCUUUCCGUCUAGGAAAUUAUGCAGCUCAUCACUUUGAUUAGUCUUAAUCCUGAGUAAAAUUUUAACCUUGUUCUGCUAACUAAUUGUCGUACCUUAAUAUUUUCUUUGGGUGAACAUUUAUUUUGCUCAUCACUUAUUCAACCAAAUGUACGAGAAAUGAAUUUGAAACGCUUGGAAUCAAUUUUAGAUGACCUGGAAGGAUUUUCAGACCCAAAUAUCCGAUACGAACAAUAUGUUACGCCUAGCUAUGUUGCUGCACGAAUGCUUCAUACGAUUUCACUGAGCAAUCAUAUUGAGGGUAAAAUGAUUGUUGAUCUAGGAACCGGUCCUGGUAUUUUAGCAAUUGGUUCAGCUUUACUUGGAGCCCAUUAUGUAGUUGGAGUCGAUAUUGAUUCCAGUGUUUUUCAAAUUGCAUUAUCAAAUUUAGCCGACUUGGAUGAACUUUUUGUUGGUCAACCGCCCAUCGAUUUUGUUGAAAGCGAUGUCACAAAAUGUGUGCUCAAACCUAAAAGUUUUGAUGUAGCCAUUUUCAAUCCUCCUUUUGGUACCAAAGGUAACUCAGGUAUUGAUGUUUCAUUCAUCAAAGCUGCUUUAGAUUUGACUAAAGUCGCCGUUUAUUCGUUGCACAAAUCAUCUACAAGAUCGUUCAUAGUAAAAAAGGGAGAGCAAUUGGGCGCUAAAGUCGAAGUAUUGGGACAAUUUUCUUAUGACUUGCCAGCAACUUAUGCUCGUCAUUCAAAGGCCGUUAAAGCAAUUGACGUUGACCUUCUUAGAUUCUCGCACAGAUAAUAAGUUGAGAAUGGGAUAUUCUGUUCAUUAAAUAUAAAUAUCUUGGGUACAUUCCUAAGCUCGUUUUUUAUUUGCUCAUCCAACUUUCAUCUGAUCCUGAUACAUACAGCAUAUAUUAAGGCCAAGAUUAACAAUAUAAGAUUUUGUUUUGUCUAAUACCAAUGCUUUGUUGCUUGAAGAUAAAUAAACUUAUUAUUCAAAUGAUUUAUAA